AUGGAGCCCUCACGGCCCUUCCGCCUGCCCGGCCCCGGCCCCGCCGCCCCGGGUCCCCUCCGCGACCCCCGCGGCCGUGCCCACAGGCUGCCCCAGCCCGGCGCUUCCACCCGCCGGCUCUCCCCGCCGCCUCUGUCGGCCCUGAUGCGCGGCCUGGGCCUGGACACGCGGCCCUGUGCGCCCGCGGCACGGCCCCUCGGCCCGGCCGCUGGUGCCGCGGGGGAUGAUCAGCCUGCGGCGCGGGACGACGAGCGGGCGGCGGCAGCGCCGUCCCUGCACGGGCGGAUGCUGUGGCGAGGCAGAGGAUGGGACGUGCUGCCCUGCUCCUCCGGGAGAGCCGCCGCCGGGCAGCCGCGCGAGAAGCCCCCUGGUGCUGCCGAACCCGCCGCCCCGCGCCCGCUGCAGUCGCGGCCGGCCCCGCCGCCCGCCCCGAGACCUGCCCCGGCCGCCGGCCUCAAACAUGAAUUAGAGUAUGAGAACAAGGAAAUCAUUUUGAAGCCAGUGGCGAAGGGAACCCCUGUAACUGUGGGGCUGAACUCGGUUAAAAUCCACUGCCAGAAUGAAGCUGUCUACCAAUACCACGUCACCUUCAGCCCCGAGGUGGAGUGCAAGAGCAUGCGCUUCGCCAUGCUGAGGGAGAACCAGGCAGCGACGGGGGACGUGAUGGCCUUCGACGGCUCUGUCCUCUUCCUGCCCAUCCAGCUGCCCCAGCCGGUCAACCUGAAGGCUCAGAGGCUGAGUGACGGGGAGGAGAUUGCCAUCACCAUCCAGCCAACCAAGGUCCUUGAGCCCACCUCAGAUCUCUGCAUCCCCUUUUACAGUGUGAUUUUCAGGAGGGUGAUGAGAAUCUUAAAUCUGAGUCUUGUUGGGAGAAAUUUCUUUGAGCCUGCCCGGGCCAAAAUCUUGCAGCAUUACAGGCUGCAAAUCUGGCCAGGAUACUCCAUCAGUGUUCAGAAGAGGGACGGAGGCCUCUUCCUCGUGGUCGACUCCAUCCACAAAGUCAUCCGCAAUGACACCGUCCUGAAUCUCAUGCACUUGAUCAACAAGCAUUGCCAAGGCAGUUUCCAGGACGAGUGCACCAGGCAGCUGGUGGGCUGUGUGGUCAUCACCCGCUACAACAACCGCACCUACCGCAUCGACGACAUCGACUGGAACAAGACCCCGAAGGACAGUUUCACCCAGGCCAGCGGUGAGGAGAUGACUUUCCUGGAGUACUACAGAAAAAACUACGGCAUCACCAUCAGGGAGCUGAACCAGCCUCUGCUCAUCCACAGGCCCAGGGUAAAACAGAGGCCAGAUGGCAAGCAACAGACAGACCUGAUCCUGCUCGUGCCGGAGCUCAGCUUCGUGACUGGCUACUCGGAGCUAAAGGGCAGCCGAGCAGUCAAGGACUUGAUGCGGGAGAUGCUGCAGAGCCCCAGGCAGCACUAUGAGCGUCUCACCAGCCUCCUGCGCCAGAUCAGGGACAGUCCUGAAGCCUCCCGGGAGCUCACAUCCUGGGGGCUCAUCCUGGACACAGACAUCUGCAGGACCCAGGGCCGGGUCCUGCCCACCGAGAGGAUCAACCUGCAGGGCAUCUCCAUCGUCCCUGGCCAGGACCUGAACUGGAGCAGGGAGGUCACACGAGAAGCCCCCAUCUCAGUGAUCCCCCUGAAUCACUGGCUGCUGGUUUACCCAAGGCACCUGCAGGCAUUGGUGAAGGAUUUGGUGGACACCAUGCAGAGUGUCUGUGGCCCCAUGGGCAUGCAGGUGGGCGAGCCUGGCGUGCUGGAGCUGAACGAUGAUCGCAUCGACACCUUCGCCAGGAGCAUCCAAACCGUGCUGGGGAAGGAGGACAAGCUGCAGUUGGUCCUGUGCGUGACCUCCAGCAGCAGGGACGACUUGUACAGGGCCAUCAAGAAGCUCUGCUGUGUGCAGUUCCCAGUGCCCUCCCAGGUCAUCAACGCACACACCCUUAUGGGCCAGCCGAGCAAAUUGAAGGCUGUGGCACAGAAAGUGCUGCUGCAGAUCAACUGCAAGCUGGGAGGCGAGCUCUGGGGGGUCGACAUCCCCCUGAAACAGCUGAUGGUUAUUGGCAUGGACAUCUGCCACAGCCAGGGCGCACAGUCUGUCAUUGGCUUCGUGGCCAGCAUGAAUCACAUCCUCACCAAGUGGUACAGCAGGGUGGUCUUCCAGAUGCCCCACCAAGAGAUCACUGACAACCUGCGGCUCUGCCUGAGCGAUGCUCUCCAGCACUUCCACGAGAUGAACCACUGCUUGCCCAAGAAGAUCGUCCUGUACAGGGAUGGUGUGUCUGACAGCCAGCUGGAAACUAUCCUCAAGUAUGAGAUCCCGCAGCUACAGGAGACCUUUAACACCUUUGACAACUAUCAGCCCAGUGUGGUGGCCAUGGUGGUGCAGAAACAAAUCAGCACCAACUUCUACGCCCUUGAUCCAGAAGAAUUCGUGUCCCCUCCGCCGGGAACGGUCAUGGACCACACGGUGACCAGCUUGGAGUGGCAGGAUUUCUUCCUGUUGGCCCAUUGCCCUCGCCAGGGCUGCAGCGUGCCCACACGCUACAUCUGCCUGCUGAACACAGCCAACCUCAGCUGCGAGCACCUCCAGAGGUUGACUUUCAAGCUGUGUCACCUGUACUGGAACUGUUCGGGCACAGUGCGGGUCCCUGCCCCCUGCAAGUACGCCCACAGGCUGGCCUUCCUGGUGAGGCGGGUCCUGCACUGCAAGCCCAACCCCCAGCUCUGCAACAGACUCUUCUUCCUCUAGUUCCAGCUGGGCUCCAGCACCGUGCUGCUGCUGCCCAGCCUCCUCACACCACCGGCCUUGGUUUGCCUUCAAUGUGGUUUGUCUUUUAACGUUCCUUGUUUCUGUCUGGUGGUUCUUGGGUUUAGGGCUGUUUUCAAAGAAUGUUUGGAAAGGUUCUGGCAUAGACCCAGAGCUGGGGGGGCUCUUGGGCUUCAUCGGGGGGAGGAAGCUGGA